GAGGAUGUGGAAGAAGAGGAAGAUGAUGUUGUGGAGGAGGAGGAUGAAGAGGAAGAUGACGAAGAAGAAGGCAAAGCCACAUCAGUCCCCUCUUUGCCCCCCAAGCAGAAGAAUCAGUGCCCCCAAUGUGGGUAGAGCUUCCCACCCAGCUUGGAGCUGGUGAAGCCCAGCUGCCCCAGCCUAGUGAGCAACCCUUUGUCUGUGGUGAAGGCAGUGAGAGCUACAGCCUCAGUGCCAAGCUCAGCCAGCACCACAGGGUCCACACUGGGAAGAAGCUGUACGUUUGCACCAGCUGCAGUGAGAGUUUCACUCACAGCUUGACACUCAUCGCCCAAGGGCCCAGCCACACUGGGAAGAAGCCCUUUGCCUGCACCAGCUGUGACAAGACCUUCAGCCACGUCUCCCACUACUUCCAGCACCACCACGUCCACACCAGCAAGAGGCUGUGCAACUGCAGUGACAGCAGCAAGAGCUUCAGCCACAGCUCUGUCUACCUCUCCAAGGGCCAUGGACUGUGCAGCAGGGAGGAGAAGCCGCCAGUUCCCAAAGUUAUUGCCAAUGCCUGCAGCGAGUGCUGGCAGAGCUUCAGUAGGCACUUGGCCAUGGUGUGGCACGUGCGGACCCACAGUGGUGAGAGGCCAUACGGCUGCACCAACUGCGUCAAGAGCUUCAGGUGCAAAUUCAACCUCACCCAGCACCACUGAAUCCACACUGGGGAAAAGCCAUUCCAGUGUGCUAAGUGUGGCAAGAGCUUCACCCGGAAAUUCUCAUUCACCCAGCACUGCUGUG